AUGGAGGAACGAAUCGACCAGUUCUGGGAGGCGGCCAAGGCCAUUGCGACAGCGGAAGGCCCAAAGGCCAAAUGGAGGCAGGAAGUAUCAAAGCUCCGUCGCGUGCUCCAUCGCAACCAGAACUUGCGCCUGGCAGAACUUCCACAGCAACGACUCGUGGACACCAUCCGCUUGUACGCAACGCACUUUGCCGCCGAAGACGACACGUUGUUGCUGGUGAAAGAUGCCCUUGCGAUGCCAUUUGGAGUGCUUGGCACGAAGCAGAAGAAAACAUUGCUCAAGAUGCACGAGCAACUCCUGGGAAAUGCCGACCGCAAUGACGACGACGCUGCACCGACGCCGCAAGCUGUCUGGUACACUUGUGUCAGCAUGGAUGGUGACGGGUACCUCAGUCUACUUCACGACGACACAGGCGAGAUGCUGGAAAGUGUUCAAGUUGCGAAAAAGUCUUCGGAAUGGAAAACCAUCAAGAAACACAUUGACGGGGGAAAUGUUCGUGUGAGUGUAUUGGCCGAUGCUGUCGACCAGAAACUGGACAUCGACAGUCGAGCCACCUGUCGAUUCUACGAUCGCCCCGAGUCUCCGAGCUUGAACGUCAUUGUUGCAUCUUCGCAGUACUCCCCUCCCCUUCCCUUCACGACUCGACUCGACUACAGUACUCGGCUGUCUUUGAUCAUGCAAUUCACCACUCUCGUUGCUAUCCUGUCCAUGGUGUUGCUGGCUGUGACCGCCCACCAAGACAGCCAAAGCCAUGGCGCCGUAGGGUUUCCCGUGGGGCCACCAGGCACAGACUAUUUUGUCAAAGCCAAUGCCAACGCCGUGGACAAGGCGAACAACGAGCAAGCGGCCAGCAACCACUUUGCAAACCACGUCGACAGCAGCGCAGGCAACCAAGGCUUGCGAGAAAGCGUGGUGUUCACGAAGGACCGCGCCAAUGCUGUCGCCAACGACCGCGGGUUCAACGACGCCAUUGUGAAGAACGACGUCCUCGGCGACGACGACUUGGAAUGCGGCGGGGGGUGCGGCGGUGGAUGUGGAGGCUGCGGGGGGUACGUGGACGCUCCGAUCCCUCCGUCCGGUUUCAACAACGCCAAGCAGUCGGCGGAUUCGCUGAACAAAGCCGACUCGCUCAACGCCGCCAACCAAGGCCGAGCCAGCGAUGCCCACAAGCGCGCCGACUCCAAGCGCGUGGAGAAGCACAACGUGGACUUGGAAGGGUUUGCCGAAGCCAACGCCAAGUCCAAGUCGGGGGCUCAAGCGUUGUCCAAGGGAAACUUCUUUAGCAAGCGCCAAGUGGACCAAGCGCGGGGAGUGACACAGAACAACGGAUUGUUCUUCCGACGAGUGUUGCGUGGCAGUGACUCGUAA